AUGAAGUCCGUCACUGCCCUGCCUCUUCUGCUCGCUGGUGCUGCCUCUGCCCAGACCAUCCAGUCCAAGCCCUUUGAGCUAGUCAUCCAGUCUGCCAACGAGACUCUGAAUGGCCAGCAGUUCACUGCCUGCCACUCCGGGGCAGCCAUUGAGUCACUCUGCCUCAAUGGUAACCCCGGGUCCCACUACUAUUUGAACACUACCGAGGGAGUAAAGUCCCCUCAGAGUGGUGUCUCUGCUCCUGGAGUCAUCGUUUGGAACCUCCCCAUCGGAAACGAAGCUCCUGAGCCCGAGGCCAUGAGCUUCUACACCGAGCCUGGCACCAACGUCGCCAUGCCGAUGUUCUACCCUAGCUACGGCGAGGUGCAGGUUGUGUUCGAUAGCAAGGACCAGAUGGGGAUUUAUUCCACCCUCGACGACACCGUCACUCCCCCGAGCGAUAACAGCAAGGGCAAGGUCCUCAAAAACUGGUACCUUUGCGAUACUGUCUUCAGCGGCUACCAGUACCGCACUCUGAGCUGGGUGAACGGCAACGGGAGCGAGAAGCCCCAGAACCCCAGCUGCGUCCACGUUGAGGUCGAGCGCAAGUUUGUUUAA